UCAGGUCGACUGACAUGUUUUACUGCAGCAGAGGAGCUCAGAGUGCCGAAAACAACCUCAGAGCUAUGACUGCUCAUGCUAGCAUGUGCUGCCGCUUGUUUGACAGACAGAGGAGUUCAAAACAUUUCAGAAAACUCUUUGUCCAGUGUGUAAAUGGGAACACUCAGCGACUGUAUUCCGGUGCUACGCACAAGGAAAACGCUCUUGAACUUGGAGACUCGACUUCAUCUGCUGCCAACUUUGCUUCUUCUGUGAAAGCCCGGACAAAACAGAGUCUAAGUGACGACAGCAUACUACCCUUUUCGGCGUUCCUGACUGACAACUUUGGCAGGAGGCACAACUACCUGCGCAUCUCCCUGACUGAGAAAUGCAACCUGCGUUGUCAGUACUGCAUGCCGGAGGAGGGGGUGAAGCUUACACCACGCGGCCAGCUGCUGUCCACCUCGGAGAUUCUGACCCUGGCUCGCCUCUUCGUCCAGGAGGGGGUGGAGAAAAUCCGCCUCACUGGAGGAGAGCCCCUCAUCAGACCUGAUAUCCUGGAUAUCAUCGCUGAACUGAGGAAGUUGGAGGGCCUGAAAACCAUUGCAGUCACAACCAACGGCAUGAACCUGGCCAGGCUUCUGCCUAAGCUGAAGGAUACCGGUCUUGACCUGAUCAACAUCAGCCUGGAUACACUGGUCCCGGCCAAAUUUGAGUUCAUUGUCAGGCGGAAAGGGUUCCACAAGGUCAUGGAGGGCAUUGAUAAGGCCAUCGAAAUGGGCUACAACCCUGUCAAGGUUAACUGUGUGGUGAUGCGAGGCCUCAACGAGGAUGAGCUGCUAGAUUUUGUGGCGCUGACAGAGAAGAAGCCUUUGGAUGUGCGCUUCAUUGAAUACAUGCCCUUCGAUGGAAACAAGUGGAACUUUAAGAAGAUGGUGAGUUACCAGGAGAUGCUGGACCACAUCAGGCAGCAGUGGCCCAACCUGGAAAGGCUUGAAACCGGACACACAGAAACAGCCAAGACAUUUAAGGUCCCAGGCUUCAAAGGGCAGGUGGGCUUCAUCACCUCCAUGUCUGACCAUUUCUGCGGCUCCUGCAACCGCUUACGUAUCACUGCAGACGGCAACCUGAAGGUGUGUUUGUUUGGGAACACUGAGGUGUCUCUGAGAGAUGUGCUGCGCUCCGGAGUAUCGGAAGAAGAGCUACUGCAAAUCGUUGGAGCUGCUGUUGGCAGGAAGAAGAAACAACAUGCAGGCAUGUACAAUAUUUCCCAGAUGAAGAACAGGCCUAUGAUCCUCAUUGACACUACAUCUGAAAGGCAUUUGUCUCUGCCAAAGUCUCAAGACAAAACGACAUCUUCCCCCAUAGUUUCCCAUUAUACAAACGACACAUUCCUCUCUCCAACAGCGGCUCCUCACAGGAGAGUCCUGAAUAGAGAGGUUUUUUUUUGCCUUCCAGACUGCACUGCUUCAACACAGGCAGCCCAUCUUUGCUGCCUUAGAACCUUAACGAGUGGGGGUACCGGUGUUACGUCGCAUAUCAACACAAAUACACGCACAAAUGUCAGGAGUUACAUUAAUGAAGGCUGUCUCAGGUACGCACAAGCCAGUGGUCACAAUGCUUUGAAGAGCCACUUACUCAGGCCCCCAGGAACACCCACUUGUUGCACAUUACUCAUGAAUGCCAAAAUUAAUCUUAAACAACACAAUGUAAGACUUUGCCACAAUCAAUGCUCUAGCAAAGACCCCAGUGUCAAACUCAGACAAUCUGUGAGUGAUCAGACACAGUCGGGCAUAAAUGUCUAUAACACUGAGCUGGAUGAAGCCCAGCUAACGCAUACAGACACACAGGGCCGAGCCAACAUGGUGGAUGUUGGGGGGAAAGUUCCCACACGUCGAACAGCCACAGCCCGCGCCACCGUCAUCCUGGGCCCCACUGCUUUCCGGCUGCUUCGGGAUAACCAGCUGGCUAAGGGUGACGCCUUGGCUGUGGCGCAGCUGUCUGGCAUCAUGGCUUCCAAGCACACCUCAGCCCUCAUCCCGCUCUGCCACCCCCUCCCCUUAGACCACGCCUCUGUCACCUUCGACCUGGACGAGCAGCAGAAUGCAGCGGUCAUCACAGCAACGUGUCGCACUACGGGCAAGACCGGAGUGGAGAUGGAGGCCCUGACAGCCGUUUCCGUUGCUGCGCUGACCAUCUAUGACAUGUGCAAGGCAGUGAGCCAUGACAUCAUCAUCACUGAUGUGAAACUGGUCAGCAAGACAGGAGGGAAGAGGGACUUUCAUCGUCAUCCCUGACUUAGUCCCUCCACUGACUGCAUCAAUCUUCACUGGCGUUGUAAUAUUUUUCUACAAAAAUGAAAUGUAUGCCAUCGUAAUAAUUAAAAAAGAUAUGCUCUAAUCACAUGAAGUUCUACACACAUUCUACCAGUAGUUAGCUUGAUUUUCAUCUCCACUAACAUUGUACCAAGAUUAAAUGACUUGAUCUCUCACUAAUCCCAUACAUUAUGAAUCAUGGUAUCUAAACAGUAUAUGUUUAAUUUAAACUAGAAGGUCUUAAUUAUUAUUAUAAGUGUUAAUAUUUAUUUCCUGUUAGACAUUCAACCAGGUGCAAGUGAAGAGCUUAAAACAGUUGGUCACUAGAGGGCACUCAAGAUUCACAGGCCUCCCUGUUGGAACAAACUGAGGGCGACCCUAUUGUAUUCACAUUUUGAAUGUAUUCCUCUUUUAUUUAACUACAUAAACUUGAGUGAUUUAAAAAAAGAGGGAAGCCUGGGUGCGGGUCCGGGGGUUGCUUUCAUUGCUAGUGGACUAAAACGGCGGAUAAACUGGCGCGCUUACACUAAUUGCGCCGCAUAAGCGUAUAAUAGUGUGCCGCAUUUGCGCUUCAGAUGAGGAGGUGAGGCCCCCUCAUAACUGCAUGAACCCGUAUGGCACAAUACAACUCAGACUGGCUUACCUGUACGUCAAUCAAGUGGCAAAUGCCAUAGUAAGGAUGGAUGAUAGGCUAACUUAAAAUAAAAAAAAAGAAAUGUUUUUUUUUUCUUUCUUUUUUUCCCCAAUGCCUUGCGAUCGACGUAUUGAGCACCCCUGAGUCUAUUACAUUCAUUAUACUACAUGAUUGUGUUGUGUUAUAUUUACCCUCGAAAGAAACUCAUUGAUUAUGUUUGUUGAUUUGAUGGUAGCACAAAAUGUGUAAUUCAACUGCCUGCAGUCCUGCACAACAACAGAUGCAGCCUUUAUGUAUUAUGUUUCAUAUUCAUGUUGUCAGUUCUAAUGUUAGUAUGAUCAUCACUAGUCGACCCAAGUUAUACAGGUUAUAGCUUUUGUAUGAUGGCAAAUAGUUGAUUGUAUUAUUCGCUCUGCUUUCAGCUCACUUCAUUGCACUGCUUUUUAUUUCCAUAAGUGAAAGCAAGCUGUGAGAUGCUUGGGACACAUUUAUUUUCCUUAGAGAAAUUAAAGUAUUCUUUAAUCUUUUUCCUGCUAUGUCCAUUGUGGUUUAAUUAAAGAAAAUUGAAAAAAGGGGUUUAUCUUUUAAACAAUUUUUUUCAGGUCAAAAAUGUAUUUUCAAAUUUCAGUUCAAAAAUUGCAUUUGAUUAAGUCAACAGUUACUACGGUAUUACAAUCAGACACAUACUAUUGAUUACAUUACGAUGUUAAUAUAUGGGCGCCUCCAAUGUCACAUACAACUUCAGUGUACAAAAGAGAUUUUGAAUUAUUUUCUGAGUAGAUUUCAUUCAUUUCAUUUACUUUUAUAAAAAAGGAACUGCAAAACAUAAACGUUCAGCUGCACGUUGCAUCAUACAGUACAGGCUGAAUGAUCAGCAGCAAAAAGAUAACUUGCUGUGUAACUUAGUCACCAGCACUUACAAUGAUAUGGCUUGCUUGAAGUGAAUAUAUCUGCACUUUCCUUGUUGGUCGGAGUUUGAAUCUUUAUUCAGCUAAAUGUAAUGUAGUGAGUCACUGCCCCUCAGUGGUGACAGUGAGGAACUACAACACAUCAUUCAGAGGAAAUGUACACUUUAAUGUUUAUCAUAAUUAUUCUUAUAACGACUGCAUCACUAUUAUUAAUAAAGAUUUAAGAACU